ACUGCCCAAAGCGAUGGACAUGGUAUCACACUACAGUUUGUCAGACGAAAGGCUACUUCCGGUAAUACAAAGGCACUACUACAACUAGACGACUUCAAUCUCGUGGAAGUGGGUGAGUAUUUCCACCCAAUUACUGUUGAUCCUGGGCGGAAUGAAAUUUUUACAGCUGCGGUUGGCCUCAACAAUAUUAAUCACGAGAUACGCAGUUGCAGCAAAAGUGAAAAAGCCAACUUUGCGGGCUACACGAGGAGAAGCACUUAUUCGAAGAAAUUAAAAGAAAGGAAAGGAAUAACGUCCAUUGAGUCGUCGCUGCCUUCACCGAAGGUCGUGUCCAAAGAGGCCUAUAUUGUGUACUUGGAAUACACAUUGCAACAUCUGCAGACACUAUUUGACUUCUACAGCUUCAAAUCGGCCCAGUUCAACUUCAACAAUUACCAAGGCAAACAACGGGCAGAUGCUGAGGUAGCUAAUGUGCUAAUUGACGGCGGUCGCAAGUAUAAUAGGAGGAAAAGAAAACAUACAAACAGAAACAAGAAAAUGAAAAGACGACUGAAGAAUGGCCAGAAGAAGACAAUUAGAAGCAAAGUUAAAAAGACAAAA